AUGAGUACCCCACUUGAAAUGUCACUGCAAACGAGCCUGGACAAGCGAGCUAAAAUUGGCAUGCCAGUGCUCGAUCUUCUUCGCCCAGCAGUCUCCACCAACGUCCCCGACUUCUUCUCCAAUGACUACCUUUCCAUCACCACCAAUCCUCAGCUGAACAGCGAUGUUAUCAAUGCACUCAUCCCGUCAAAAAAACUGCUCGGCUCUACGGGUUCCCGUCUGCUCAACGGGAAUAGCCCGAGUCAUGCAGAGACGGAGAAAUACCUCCAAUCCCACUUCAACGCCCCUGCAGCUCUCAUGUUCACCUCCGGUUACGAUGCCAACGUCGGAUUCUUCGGGUGUGUACCCCAGGCAGAGGACGUCAUUGUCUUCGACGAGCUUGUUCACGCGUCGGUGAGGGAUGGGAUCGCUGCAGCGCGGACGCGCAACGCGUACCCCUUCUCCCACAACUCUGUCGCGUCUUUCGAGAACUGCAUAGCCAAGCUCUUGAAGAAGCGACCGGAGAUCUUGGCCGGCAAAUCGACAGUUUUUGUCGCAGUGGAAAGCUUGUACAGCAUGGAUGGAGAUUUCUCUCCUUUACCACAGAUCAUUGAGACUCUCCAUCGGUAUAUACCGAAGGCAUAUAGUCACAUGGUUGUGGAUGAGGCGCAUACGAGCGGAUUGUAUGGCCCGAUGGGUCGGGGGUAUGUGGAACAACUAGGGUUGCAGAACGAGGUGGACACGGUCCUUCAUACAUUUGGAAAGGCUAGAGGCUUGACGGGAGCUGUCAUUCUCACGUCGCCAAUUAUCCGGAAGUACCUUGUCAAUUAUGCUCGACCUUUGAUCUACACGACUUCAAUGCCCCAUCUCCACCUCAUAGCUAUCAGAAGCACGUUCGAGUUCAUUUCGGGAACUGAAGGGGACAGGCUUCGGAAACAAGUUUACAACUGCAGCCAGUACUUCGCUACCAAGCUCCAGCAAGCUUUGAAAGGCGUUCCAAAAUCUGUCCUCGCGAUGUGUGCGGCUGACAGAAGCAAAGAUCCUCUUGUCUCGCCAAUAUUCCCCUUGCUCACGAACCAGUCGCUGAAACUCGCGGAAUAUCUUAAUUCAAGAGGAUAUGCCGCUCAGGCGAUUCCUUUCCCUGUCGUACCGAGAGGCCAGGAGCGCAUUCGAGUGGUGAUCCAUGCAGAAAACACCCUCAGCGAUAUCGACAUAUUCAUUGGUAUCCUCCUCGACUGGGCGAUGUCUCAAUGGUAUAAGAAGGGUAAAGAAGUCGGAGCUAUGUCAAUGUCUGAACCUGGUCCCAGAGCAAUGCUGUAAAGGACUGCCGCGGUGAAGAUUAGACGAUCUUCGAGUGAUAAUAUAUAUAUCCAGCUGGUGGUAACAGGUCAAUAACCCGAACAUAUGUCGCCGAUAAUAGGACACGACGUACCUCCAGUUAAAUUAUGUAGAUGAUCUGCAUAGUGGUCUAAUGGCAGCCUAGUCGGCAUUUUGAAAUGCAGUAUUUCGGUCAUGAGGUGGCGUAAGAACCUUAUUAGGAUACC